AUGCUGCAGUCCUGGGUCAGGACCGGCCACAACAGCUUUAUCCAUGAGCGGCUGUAUGGGAAGAACAUGGCUCCUUGUCUCCAGGACGCCUUCACCACGCUCGCCGCGUACACCAGCUGCACCCCAGCAGUGAAGGAGACGAUUUUGCAGAUCGCCGAGGACCGCUCGUCUGCGCUAGCCUGUGAGAGCCUGCCCAGCUCUGCCGCCAGUGGUGGUGGUGGUGGUGCGCUGGCCGUACGAGGCCAUCUAGCCCGUGUCCAUGCCUUGUUUACCUACAUCUUCAUCCGCCUGUUUGACGGCUCGGUGCGCGCGCGGGCUGGGGCUGAGCGCCAGCUUCCCAUCCUCCGACGAUGGCUAGCCCAGCUGUGGAACGCAAUGCAACAAUACCGAGACGGGUACCACAGGGCCCAGGAUCACCCGUUCCAACAAGCUACCCCUAUUACCCAUGACUUAGGCGGUGGUUACGACGACGCCGCCAUAGAGCUGUGGCAGCUCUGGGUUUUGACCGAGAGCGUACGGCGCUCGCUGAUUAUCAUCGAGACUAUCGCCAAUGUGUACGAGUGCAUGGUCAGGGGCUGGGCCGAGUGUACAGGCGCCGUCAUGUUCACCGCGCGCUCCGGGUUGUGGGAGGCCAAGUCUGCGGUGAAGUGGCUUGAGCUGUCCUCGGUGCAGUCGCCGCUACUAGCUUCGUCCCUGUGCCCUGACCGCUUCAUCUCGCAGUAUGCCGCCGAGGAGGUCGAUGACUUCGCCAAGGUGGUCUGGGGUUGCGCCGUUGGGACGGACAAGAUGCAAUGUUGGAUCGAUAGAACGGCGGGGCCAACUAGGGUAGAAGAGGUCCAAGCCUUGCUCGACUUGUUCUACAGCCGCGGCUACAGGGCCAUUGACACGGCACGCAACUACGUGGGCUCCGAGGAACGUCUCGGCAAGGCCGGCGUUGCCUCUCGCUUCACCGUCCACACGAAGGUCCUCGAUGGCACUCCCGGUUCCCACGAGCCUGCCAAGAUCGAACAGAGCAUCAACAAGUCGCUCGCUCACCUCCGGACUCCUACUACGGAGACCAUGUUCCUGCACGUCCCCGAUCGUCAAACGCCCUUUGAGGAUGCAGCGGCGGCCAUGAACAAAGCUUUUGUCGAGGGCAAGUUCAAGAGGUUUGGACUGUCCAACUACACUGCCGAGGAAGUGCAGAAGUUCCUCGAUAUUUGCCAGGAAAAGGGUUAUGUCAAACCCAGCGUCUACCAGGGCAACUACAAUGCCAUUAUGAGAGGCGGUGAAAAGGAGCUUGUCCCGCUCCUUCGCAAGCACAACAUCGCCUACUUCGCAUAUAGCCCCGGAGCAGGUGGCCUUUUCUCGGGCAACGCUGGAAACUCGACCGUCUCGACGAGGUGGAGCAAGGAUAAUGUCGUCGGAAAGAGGGCCCUUGAUUUCUACACUCGGCCUUCCACCGACGAUGCAGUGGCCGCUGUACGCCGGGCGGCGGAGGGGCACGGCGUGAGCGGACAUGCGGCCGCACUGCGAUGGACGACGUUCCACUCCAUGUUGGACGGGAAGCAUGGGGACGCUGUUGUCUUCGGGGUCCGCACCAUGGAGCAGUUGAAACAGUCGCUCGACGCAUUUGAGGCUGGUCCUCUUCCGGGCGAGCUUGCCGACGCCGUCACUGCCGUGUACGGGUCGUUCGAGGGUGCCGAGGAGCCGACUUUCCACAUGUAG